AUGCCACUGCCUAGUGAGGAUAUAUCCAUCGAAAGGUCACGAUGGACACGGUUUUCCGACCGUAUCAAGGGGGCAUUUGACGGUGCAGACUCCCGAGUCUGCAUCGCUUUCUGGCUAUUUGGUGUGUAUCACCUUAAUGCAGAUCGUCUUAUCAAUAAUGUCCUCUAUGUGAUUAUCCUCUCCGCGGCCCUGGACCUCGUCGGCCCCGACGUGCCCAAAGGCAUAGUUCUUCUCUCUGAUAUUAUCCCAUCCUUUACCACGAAAUUGAUUGCCCCGUACUUCAUCCAUGUGGUCCCAUACUCCGUUCGAAUUGUGGUCUUAGUCGUUCUAUCUGUAAUCGGCAUGCUCGUUAUAGCGAUGAGCCCAAGUUAUACAGAAGGAGGAACAAUCACUUUCAAGAUCAUUGGCAUUGCACUUGCAAGUCUAUCUUCAGGAGCUGGUGAACUGAGCUUUGUUGGCCUCACUCACUUCUAUGGACCAUUCAGUCUGGCGGCGUGGGGGAGUGGAACUGGAGCUGCUGGUCUGGUCGGUGCUGGAGCUUAUGCGCUGGCAACAUCAGCCAUGAACAUCUCCGUUCAUGUCACGCUCUUUUCAUCGGCUUGCUUGCCAGUAUUUAUGAUGCUGAGCUUCUUUUUCAUUCUACCGCGAGAUCCACUCAAGUCACCUUCUGUCGAUGCAUAUCAAGUCGUUGAGAGGGGCGCACAUUAUGAUGAUGAUGACGACAACAACGAGAAUGAAGCUCCUGGCCAAGACCAUGAAGAAGUCCAGGGAUUAUUGGGACCCACUCAUUCGGACGCGCAAAAGCCAGCUAACAAUAUAAAGGAAUCCCAGUGGAUUGAUCAUAUGCGCGUCAGCUUGCGACGACUUGGGAAGCUAUUUGUCCCAUUCAUGGUUCCUAUGCUUCUAGUUUAUGUUGCGGAAUAUGUGAUCAACCAGGGUGUUACUCCGACCUUACUAUACCCGUUAGAUACGACGCCCUUUAAAGAAUUCCGAUCCUUCUAUCCGGCCUAUAACGCUAUCUACCAGGUUGGAGUUUUUCUCUCGCGAUCUUCAACUCCGUUCUUUCGAGUCCAUUAUCUAUAUCUACCAUCUCUGCUGCAGGUCCUCAAUUUGGUGGUGCUGAGCUUGCAUUCUAUGUUCAAUUUUAUCCCCAGUGUCUACAUUAUCUUUGCUAUCAUAUUCUGGGAAGGAUUACUGGGAGGCAUUGUUUAUGUCAACACAUUUGCAGAAAUCAGUGACCAUGUACCUGAGGAAGAGCGAGAAUUCUCACUGGGCGCUACUACUGUCAGUGAUUCAGCAGGUAUCUGUAUUGCUGGCUUCCUGAACCACGUCUUGGGAAGACCUUCAACCAGAUUCCGCAAAUUCCAGGUGUUUGCUGUGGUAUCUUUUUGGUCGAUCUAUCUCCUUCGAGCUCACAAGCAUGGACCUCCUUUCAUCCGCGCUAUCUCUUCUCGACUUGAGAAAAAAAUAACCAUCUGGCAAACUACAGUCUUGAUUUUUCUGUGGCUCUAUCUUUCCAGGAAUUUUGCCAAAAUAGUUGGUCUUGAAAGUCCCGAACCAUUGGCCAACCUCUACUCCCGACCCUACUUCCGCGCAACAUGGAUCACAACAGCUCUAGAUGCUGGCUACUGGACUGCCAUGAGAAUCAAGAGUAAAUGGCUACGUGAUAUCUCUUCUCUUGUCUUCACACUUUAUUACCUUAUCGCUGCGGAACAAGCCGAUGAAAAGGUGCGGCGAGUCCGAGCAACACUGACCCUGGAACACCUCCGAGUCUCGUGGAACAAGCCGACAACCCCUUACUUGUGGGCAUUAGCUAGUCUGACUCGACCAAGAUUCACUCGCUACCCGCCUAGAGCAAUCAGGAUUUCACGCCCUGCCAAAUCCAUUCACCGCACACCAGUGAAUGCCUGGCUCUACUUUGAUGGACCUCUGAGCGCGUUAAGAGACCAGACAUGCAUCGUUCUAGAUGUUCCAGGUGGUGGUUUUGUGGCUAUGAGUCCACGGAAUUCGGAGGACAAGCUCCUCUCCUGGGCAGGGAAACUGAAAGUGCCAGUGUUAAGCAUAGAUUAUCAAAAGGCUCCGGAAUAUGCAUACCCAUUUGCAUUACACGAGUGCUACGAUGUCUAUGAAACGAUUGUAAACACUAACGGGCGCUGCCUGGGUUUCAGUGGUACGACCCGACCGCGAAUUGUGGUUACCGGGGAAAGUGCGGGUGGAAGCCUUGCCGUGGCGAUGGUAUUAAUGGUUUUGCAAACGAGGGCACAGAACUGGAAUAGCGAAGAUGCACUGCCGCGGCCUGAUGGAGUUGUUCUGGCAUAUCCGUCGCUCAAUCUCAGAGUUGAGAGUUGGAUGACCGAUGAGCAGAUGUCUCUCAUUCAAGAUAAAAGCUCUCGUCAAACUAACAAGAGUGUCAUCGAAAGAAAGCAGGAUGAGCUCCGAAAACUAACACCUUAUACCUCCCCUAGGCAGUCGGUUGAGAAAUUAACCGCAAUAAGCCUUCUGAAGCACCCAGAAGGCAACUCGGAGGAUAAAGAGGCCUCCGAUGUAAACAAGCUCGACGAACAUUUGAAAGUUAUCGAUAAUAACAAGGGAAAGGAGACCACCGAAAUCGAUGAGGUCAAGCCGCUCAAAACUCGUCUUGCGGUUUCUUCCAUGAUUUCCUACGUUCAAGAUCGGGUUCUCACCCCCGAAAUGAUGCGAGCGAUGAUCAUCCUGUAUAUUGGACCACACCAGCGCCCCGACUUCAAUACCGACUAUUACCUUUCUCCAGUUCUCGCACCGGAAUCAUUAUUGGCUAUCUUUCCCAAGACCUUCAUUAUGACAGGGGAACGUGACCCACUGGUUGAUGAUACAGUCCUUUUCGCCGGUCGACUACGCCAAGCGAAACUACAUCAGUUCCGUGAGCGGCAAGAGCUUGGACUGGAGGACUCACAAUGUCAAUUCUACGAGAAAGAUCACAUAGAUAUCUCAUUGCUUCCUGGGAUAUCUCACGGAUUCUUGCAGAUGGUUGGCUUCUUCCCUGAGGGAUGGAAGUACAUUACACGAAGUGCCGAGUGGAUUGAGUCGCUAUUUUUAGCUAGCGAACUCAGAGACUCUCAAUACAGCCUCGUUCAGCCUUCUCACUCAGGAACUCAUAGUUCUAAGGAUCGUAGAGGGUCAGGAAAACACGGCAGGAAUAUCAGGAGUCGCCAAAGUUAUCACCAUCGCACCCUAACAGGGGAGUCUUCCGGUGACGACGAUAGACCACUGGAAAUGAGCAUGACCAAGAUGUCAUCAUCUGCAGUGGAUGGACAGGCAGACCGACGCAAGAGAUCUCAGUCCUCUGGCUCUUCCCAUUUAGAGGCCCUUAAAAGUUACGGUAAUGAAUUUGGAUCAGGAAGUGAAUUCCUUGCAACACUUCGAAGCUUGGAGAAAAGCAAUCGAGAAAAUCACCCGUUCUUACCUGAUGAUAUGAGCAGUGGCCUUGAAAGUCCUAAAGCUGUUCGUCACCAUAGACGGAGCAUUGUGUCGCUUGGCAGCGAAGAAGAUCUGCUUGAUCGGCGGAUGCAUGGACUGGCUGGUGGAUUAAUGGGAUUCGGAGAUGGAUCCCAAACUCCCGGACCGUGA